UUUCCCUAUGUAUUCAUACUUCCUCAAAUUGAGUUAAAUGGAUAAACAAAAUGAAUGCAACAUUCCAGGAAUCCAUGUUCAUCAAAUGAAAGAGAUCGAAGAACAAUAUCAGUUAUUGAAUCAUGAACGAUCACGUAUCAAUGAAGAAUUAGCACAGGAGAAGGCAGAUGAAGAACAAAUAAACCAGAAACUAACGAGGUUUUCGUACCUUGAUAAGCUAAUAGAAUGGAAGAUGUUGGAAAUUGAGAAUAUUGAACAUUGGAAUCCAGAUUAUAAACUCAGGCUUGGUGUUCCAUUUCGUUUGGCAUCAAGAAGAACAGGUGGAAAAGAUGUUAAAACAACAGUAAGACCAGAUCUGAAACAUUGCCGGAAACUGCUUGUCAAGAAAGGGAGGAUGGACAUCAAUUAUUUGGAAGAAGUUCUAGAAGAACAUAUAUGUUCAAUGAAAUCGAGUGACAUGACAUAUACUGGCACGCUAGAACUUAGCGAUAUGAUGGAGUGCAUGGCGCAAAGGAUCCAACAUGGAAACAAGAAACGUGCAGACGAAAUGAAAAUUUUUUAAAGAAUAAGCAACUUCUUGGAGACCAAAGAAAGUUUCACUGAACCAGAAUCCCACCCUCAGUGGUCACCAGGAAGAUCAAAGCGAGAUACCGAUUAUAAUCUAUAUAGAAGGCAUCAUAAACUAAGUAUUUUGUUGGGAGACGCUGACACACUAAAGAGGGAACAACACGAACGUCAAGCAAAAGCUAAAAGACUUAAAGCCGAGUUGCAAUAUGUGAGAAAGAAGAUCAAUUAUUUAAACAACCAGCUUGAAAAUGUUGAUUCAAAGAUACUCAAAGCCUAUAAACACCGCAACGUGCUUCGAGACCAAAAGAAAGAGUUGGUAUCGUAAAUAUCCUUUUUUCCAUUUUGGAAAACAUAAUUGAUUUUAGAAGUAACAAUCAAGAUGUGAUCUUCGAUGGUUGUGACUUGUGAAUGUUUGGUUUGAUGGGUCCAUGAGGUAAUUGAACUAUUUAAUACAAAGCAAAUAAAAUUUGUAAACAAGUUACAUAGAAUACAACAUGGUGACCUUUCAUUAUGAUAUAUUGUUACAUGUUCUUCGAAUUGAUGUUUUUAUGUUGGAAAUGUAUUUUUUUUUAUUAUUCCUAUCUUGUAAUUUUCAAUUUACAUACUAUGUACAUAUGUAUUUACAAUCA